AUGAUUCAUUCGUUCAUUCAUGGAUUCAUGGAUUCAGUCGCCAACACCAACCAUCGUCGAAUUGAAAAUCGCCUUUGCUCCUCAAUGCCUUCCUUUAUGGCAUCGCCGAUGCCAUUUGCAUCGCCAGGGCGCGAAGCUUAUUCUGAAAAUGCACCUGCUAAUGAUAAGUCGUCGGUGCGAUUGUCUUGCCUGAGUCCAGACGGCCGAUCGGUUCAUUCUCUUUCAAUUGUAAGAGGACAAGGCCUCAUUGAAACUCGUACCCUCCCAUUGGAUGGAACAGUAGAAGACAACGAUGCGUCACCUUCUGGACCCUCUCUAAUACGUGCCAUACUGCCAGAGCAGAUAUCGCAAGCGUUGAGGAGAUAUCCGGCAAUAGCACUACUUUGUGUGGAUGUCGAAUCCAAUGCAACUUCCACUGUACACCAAAGCCUGCCAAAACUGUGUUUGUACACACAGAGGGACGUCUUCGUUCUCGAAAUUGGUUACCAAGUCACACCUGGAGUAUCACAGACAGACAGAACUGUUGUCAAGGUUACGGAACCUUUUGAAGGAGUCUUAUUGGGAUCCUCUCCUGGAACACGCGUUGUUUGCAUUCGUCAGGCUCCUCAGCGUCACAAUGGGUUUGCCAUCAUGUGCCCACCAAAAUCGAUGGCCAUGAUGAUAUUCGAUCCCGAAUCUAGCGAAACUAGCGUGGUGCUAUACCACGGAACAAACGAUACUACCACUACGGCACUCGUGUACGGACAAGAACUCUAUGACAAGAAGGAUCAUUUUACUAAUUUUUGUUUUGGCCAAUCGAGCGCCCUUUCACUUUUGUCCAACACAUCUAUCAUGAUGUUGAAAGGAUCCGGCGAUGUAUACAUUGCUGGACCAGCUCUAUUUCGAGGAUCGGUGGUCCCCAGAGCUUUAUUGGACACAUCUUUGGAGUACUUGAGAAAUGAAAUCCAACAAACCGAACCGAAUACUCCCAAGUGGCGGCAGACGCGAUUGGCGUUGCAAAAUCUAGCGGAUGCAUUUCCAGUUGGGGUAAAAGCUCAAUUCUUGACAGCCGAAGCCCAGUCACCAAUCUUUGAAGUCCCAGCUCAACUCCAAGGACCGGCUUUGAUUGGUGAAGAAUCCGACGAGUUGGAAAGUAUGGCCACUUGCAUCGAAUCGUUUGCAGCAGGAAAUCUUGUUGGUUUUGCCAUUGGACACACAGAAGGAAUUGUCGAGUUCGGUGUGCUCGUUCCGAGCACUCUUGUUCCUCGAUUUGCUUCAGAAAGCCACAAGGACAUGCAGGUCUUGGACGAUGAGUUCAUCGGUGGAAUGGUCAUUACUCGUAUCGAUCUGCGCGAUGAGGAGGGCGAUUUCGAUCCGACCUCAAGCAUGAACCUUGUCAAAGAUCCAUUGAUCGAUUCUGUUUUGCAUUGCGUAACGGGGACCCAAAUCAUCAGCGUUUCCACCAACACUCUCAAGAUUAUUGCCAAGGAGCUCAGUGAUCAAGUCGGCACCGGGAUGAUGUCACCAAUACUGAAACCGAAAACUGCUCAACCGAAUACUACUGCUUGGCCGUGCUUGGACGUUACGAGUACUGAAGGCAACAUUAAUCGUGUCGUGGGUGCUGUUGUGAGUGGCGAUGUCCAAUUUGGUCACGUUCUGAUUGCUCGACUUUCCAACAACUCGAUGGUCGCGGUCAAUCUGACAGAGGCCCGCUUGUUGAAGGAAAUGGAGAUCUUUGACAAAAAGGAAGCCGGAAGUGCAAGUGAUGCUAGGGUUGCAGAACUGAGCAAUAUAGCACCCCUGCACCAGAUUAUCGAACCACUUGCAAAGCAAGUAGUAGAAGGACUUGGGGGACUGACAAAGGUUGUUGGAAGUGCCACUCCAAUUGCCGCUGCGACUCCAGACCAGUUGGCAGCGGCAGUCGCGAUCAAACAGAGUUGCGACGAGAAGAUUUAUCUGCCACUAAUUGAAAUUACCGAACACUUGAAGAGUCGAAAGGAGAUAUUAUCAGUCAUGUACAAGAAUCAAAUGCUGCAACUUGACGCUGUUCAAAAUAUGAUUUCAAAGUUGAAGGAACGGGAAGCCAUCAUCAAGGAAAUGACAGAUGUAGCCAAAGCAAACUCGACCUCGCUCUCUCAGCGCAGUGCUGCAAUCCUUCAAUCCAGCAACGAUCUAAUGCCCAAGCUGUCUCAAGCUGAAUACGAUUACUUCCAAGAGCUGCGCAAGCUUGAAGAGAAGACUAGACAGUGGACAGCAGAAUUUGAAGGGGUGCACAGUCGAGUCGAUAGCCUUCAGCAGACAGUUUACGAUGAUACAAUGCAAACUCUAGAUGCGUUGCCGCAACAAAGAACUGAAUUGAGCCAGCUGCAAGGCAAGUGCACUACUUUGCUUGCCAUCUUUGAGGACAAGCUGGAUGACGCUGAGAUGAAGCUAGAUGACAUCGCUGAUGCUGCGGGUAUGGAGCGAGACUCUGAAAUGUAA